GGGUUGGCCGCCCCGGGUUUAGUUCUUGGGAUCAGAGCUGCCGGGCUGUGCUCAAGCCUGAGGCCCAGGCGCAGGGAGGUUGGAGAAGAGGCUUCCUGCACGGCCGGCACAGAGGCGAGGCUGAGGGUGGGCGGGCAGCGGAGGAGCGUCAGCCGAGCCCUUUGGACCCUUCCUGCUCUCGCACCUUGCGGGUCCGGGUCCCUUCCAGGGUCCAUGGCAGCGCCAGAAGCACAGACGGACCCGGCACUGGCACCGGUGACCUUCCAGGAUGUGGUCGUGACCUUCACCAGGGAGGAGCGGGAAUUGCUGGGCCAGGCUCAGAGGACCCUGUACCGGAAGGUGAUGCUGGAGACCUUCCAGCUCCUGCUCUCGAUGGAUCACAAAGCAGAAACCAAGAUCUCAGUGUCUACUGCUUCUCAGCCAUCCUUGUUUGAGGGAUGCUUACUCCAGAGGUCACUGACUCAAGAAGGCUCCAGUGUGUCCACUUUGGGGCAACCCAGGAAUCCAGAACUAUCAGAACAGCAGAGAGGGCACUUGAGGACAGGAGUAGUCCUCCACAAGCUGACCCUCCCUGGAAAGAUGAACACAGAAUGUGAUAAUUUGGGAAUGGGUGACAUUCUGUGCUCAAAUGCUUUACAGGGUGGAGUCUCUACAGGAGAUGCUACCCAAGAGUGUGAAUCACAUGGAUCAAGGAAAGACUCAUUGUUUCAUGACAGGAAGAAUUCCUACAAAUGUAAGGAAUGUGGAAAAGGGUUUGUCAAGAAUUGCUUCCUUCUUCGACACCAGCAGAUUCACACUAGAGUAAAAUUCUAUAAAUGCAAGAAGUGUGGGAAGGCCUUUCUCAAGAGAGCAGACCUCACUGGACACUAUAGCAUUCACACGGGGGAGAAACUCUAUGAGUGUAUUGAGUGUGGGAAAGCCUUCAGCCGCAGGUCACAUCUUACAGAGCACCACCGGAGUCACAAUGGUGAGAAGCCCUAUGUUUGUGUUGACUGUGGGAAAGCCUUCAGCCGCAGAUCACACCUUACAGAGCACCAGCGGAGUCACAGUGGUGAGAGGCCCUAUGCAUGCAGUGAAUGUGGAAAGGCCUUUGCCCACCACUCUGAUUUUAUUCGGCAUAAUAGAACCCACACUGGAGAGAAACCCUUUGAGUGCAAAGAAUGUGGGAAAGCCUUUAGUUAUAGCUCUUCUGUAACUCGACACAUGAGGUGUCACUCUAGGGAGAAGCCCUAUGAGUGCAGUGAGUGUGGAAAGACCUACAGCUACAGCUCAACCCUCACUGUCCAUCAAAAGAUUCAUAGUGGAGUGAAAUCCUACAAGUGCAAGAGGUGUGGGAAGGCCUUUUACCAGAAGGCAGGGCUCUGUCAACAUCAGAGAAGUCAUCCUGGAGACAGACCUUUUUUAAAGUAACUAUUGUGGGACGUUCCCAUCAUGGCUCAGGGGUUAGCAAACCCAACUAGCAUC